CCAAUGGGCUGCCAUCGAGGUUACCCGCAAAAACAGAGAUGGAAACGCAGCUUUUGGAAAACUCCUCGACGUGAGGAGCUCCAAUUUUCAAUAAAAAUUGGCUACUUUCUUUCUCACUCUGUAUCCAGAGUCCAGUGUCAGGUCUUCCUUCGAAGGUGUCUCGCCUGGGCCUGGCGCAGAGAGUCUCCCCACUGCGAUGAUGAGCUCCAGACCUUCUGGAGCUCGCAGGCACCCUCUGCCGCCUCCAGGGCCGGCCAGCAACUUCUUUCACAAUCUUCCCCAACUUUGGAAGCUUCCGUCAAGUGUCCUGGCUCUGGCCGACCCGCCUCCUGUCUCUGGGCUUCCUCGGACUCCCAAACUUGGGAAUCUGGGGCCCCGGACCCUCUGCACCCCGGCGGAGCCCAGUCCUGGGCCUCCCCUGGGGGUCCCUCCUUUCCCCGCCUUUACCUGACGCCCGCCAGCCCGCCCGCGGCUUGGGGCGCAGCAGCCUCCUCCCACAGCCGGCCCUUCCAUUGGCUCGGGCGGCUGCCCGUCUCCCCCGCCAGCCCCUGCUCGGGUCCGGAGGCAGGUUUAGCCAAAGGAGCGGCCGCCGCUCCAGCUCCAGCCCGGGCAGCAGCCCCGGUAGGAGAAAGCAGGCAAGGCAAGCGGGCGCUGGAGAGAACGGUGGAGCCAGGAGUCGCUGCUGGCGCCUGCUUAGCAUGUCCCUGCGCACAGGAGUCCCCCCACGACGCCGCCUCCCCAGCCCCGGCACCAGCGGCAGCAACAGCAGCAGCAGCGCCACCUCCGCCGACUCCGGAGCAGCAAACUUGGCGGCGGUGUCUCCCGGCCCCGAGCUGGCCAUGUAGCAGCCCGCGGUGCUUCCCCCCGACCGCCGUGCGCGCCUCUCCCCACCUGGCCAGGGGGAAGAGAGUGAGAAUCAGCCGGAGGCUAGGCAGCGCGGCAUGCACGCCGCGGCCGCGGGCCCCUGACGUGGGCGCCCGGAGCAGUCUCCCGGACUGGGGGUCAGUUCCCUUGGGCCAGUGCCGGGGCUGCACUUCGGAGAGAGCGAGGGAAAUGGGCGAGAAACUUUCGGAGCCGCCGGAGCCAGUGCCCCGCCGCGGCUGCAGUAGCAGCAGUAGCAGCCUGAUCCCUGCUCUGGCGGCCGUUCCUGUUGCAGCCGCGUCCCCCUGCACCUCCUCGUCUGUGUCCUCUUCUGGCUCCGAAACUCUGUCGGAGGAAGGGGAGCCUAGUGCCCAGACCGCCUCCUCCUGCGGCCAGCAGCAGCAGCCGCCACCGCCGCCUCCUCCUGCCCAGCCAGCCCGGGGCGCAGAAGGGCCGGGAGAAGCCCGACGGCGGCCGCAGCUGGAGCCGCAGGCGGAUCGCGGUGCAGCCGGGCAGCCCCAGAUCCUGGGAGCCGUGCUGCCCGGGGCUGAGCGCAGCGGCGCGUCACAGGAGGAACAGGAUGAAGAGCUUGAUCACAUAUUGUCCCCUCCGCCCAUGCCAUUUCGAAAAUGCAGCAACCCUGAUGUAUCUGCUGUCCCUGGAAAAUCACUUAAAUUUAAAAGACAGCUGAGCGAAGAUGGGAAGCAGCUGAGGCGAGGGAGUCUUGGGGGAGCACUGACUGGGAGGUACCUACUUCCAAACACCAUCGCAGAGCAGUCAUGGCUGGCAGCUGCAGAGACCUCCAACCUCAUCCGGAUGCGCAGCCAGGCUCUCGGUCAGUCAGCUCCUUCCCUCACUGCUAGCAUGGAAGGGCAGCCACCGAAGAGCCAUUUCAGCUCAGCCCGGCAUCGGCAGAGACUAGUGGACACAUCAGCUCCAAAAAAGGAGCUGAGUCUCCCUAGAAGAGGAAGUUUUCUCACUCCAAGAAGUCUGAGUCCAACCCCAACCAGUCCCUGCAGUCCCUGCAGUCCUCUGUUCGCUUUUCAUUUUUGGAGCGGGUGGGUGGAGGGAGAGAGGGAGUGUUGCCGAACGAGUAACCGGAAAAGUUUAAUAGGAAAUGGCCAGUCACCAGCAUUGCCUCGUCCACACUCCCCCCUCUCAGCUCAUGCAGGAAAUAGUCCUCAAGAUAGCCCAAGAAAUUUCUCCCCCAGUGCCUCAGCUCACUUCUCCUUUGCACGGAGUCAUGGUCACAGAAAUGACAGGACUGAUGGACGCCGUUGGUCUUUGGCCUCUCUCCCUUCUUCCGGCUAUGGAACAAAUACACCCAGUUCCACAGUAUCUUCCUCCUGUUCCUCCCAAGAGAAGUUGCAUCAGUUACCGUACCAACCGACACCUGAUGAAUUACACUUUUUGUCAAAACAUUUCUGCACCGAAAGCAUCGCCACCGAGAACAGAUGCAGAAACACUCCAAUGCGCCCCCGUUCUCGAAGUCUCAGCCCUGGACGUUCUCCCGCCUGCUGUGACCAUGAAAUAAUUAUGAUGAACCAUGUCUACAAAGAAAGGUUCCCAAAGGCUACAGCUCAGAUGGAAGAACGUCUCCAGGAAAUUAUCACCAACUAUUCUCCCGAUAAUGUCCUCCCCCUGGCAGAUGGAGUACUUAGUUUCACCCACCAUCAGAUCAUUGAACUGGCUCGAGAUUGCUUGGAUAAAUCCCACCAGGGCCUCAUCACCUCACGAUACUUCCUCGAAUUACAGCACAAAUUAGAUAAGUUGCUACAGGAGGCUCAUGACCGUUCGGAAAGCGGAGAGUUGGCAUUUAUCAAACAACUGGUUCGCAAGAUUCUAAUAGUCAUUGCCCGCCCUGCACGCUUAUUGGAAUGCCUGGAGUUUGAUCCUGAAGAAUUUUACUACCUCUUGGAGGCUGCUGAAGGCCAUGCAAAGGAAGGACAAGGCAUUAAAACUGACAUUCCUAGGUAUAUCAUCAGCCAGCUGGGACUAAACAAGGAUCCUUUAGAAGAAAUGGCACAGCUAGGGAGCUAUGAUAGUGGGACAGCAGAAACACCAGAAACUGAUGAAUCAGUGAGCAGCUCUAAUACUUCACUGAAACUUAGAAGAAAACCCCGAGAAAGUGAUUUUGAAACAAUCAAAUUGAUUAGCAAUGGAGCUUAUGGAUACAAGCUGGAAGGCAGGUCUGUCUCUGCCCUAAAGCCCAUUGAAGGAACUCUAGACAUUGCUUUAUUAUCAGGGCCUCAGGCUUCCAAGACAGAAGGGCCAUCACUGUCUUCUGCGGACCAUCAUCUCAGUGACACGGGACCUUUUGUGUCACCGGCUCUGUCUGCAGCUUCCAUGAAGGGUGAAACUGCCAGUCAAAAGGAGCCCCCAAUGACUUGUAUAAAGAUGAACAAAUCCUACCUUCUGGAACCCCGAUUUCAGCAACCCAGCAAGGGAAUUCCAAGCACACCAGCAGCCCCAGAACUGGAAAAGGAGAGGAAGGUCUCCCAUUCAGCUGUAAGAAGCCAAACCCCCAUCAGUGAAAGCAGUCAUAAGAGAGAGGAGCUCCCGCAAAGCGGCGGGGACCACCCUGCCGAGGCCAAGCUCCUCGCCUCCCCCAGUCAGAGUGCCACAGCUAGCCCUAAACCAAUAGCACCCCCAGGGUUCUUGGGUCCUGACAAUAACCCUGGAAGAGAGAGGCAGAACCACAGGGAACCAUCUGGGAAGUAUCCCAUGACCUCAAAAAGCAGUGAGCUGCUGACAGCAGUGAGGGCAGAGGUUGCCAGAGAAUCUUUUAUGGAGCAUUUGUCUGCAGACACUCCAAAAGCCAGCAGCUUUGGAAACAAUGCUUCUGGGAGCCGACCUGGCCCAGACCUUCCCACUCAGCCACGUGCAGUGGAGAAACUUAGGAGUCCUGGUGGGAAAGCUGAUCCCAAAGAAGUUAAAGAAAUAACUAAGCCGCCCACCAGAGAGGAUAUUCGCUCCUCCAAGAUUUCUGGUGAGAGGGAGAUGAACAAGCAGAAAACCAGCAUGGACCUGAAGCCUGAGGUUUCUCUCCCCAAAAGGUCUGGCCAGCUGCCAGGAGUCAGUAACACCAAGAAUGACAAAGCCCUGGGUUUUCCAUCUUUACAGAAAGACUGUCCCAAAGAAGUGGAAAGGAAAGACCCAACUUUUCAGAAACAGGUCAAUAGCCUUCAGCCUUCACUGGCCUCCAAGGACCCCCCUGGUGUGGCGACUCGGCAGCAGCUCAGUUCACCAAUUCUCCCUUCAGUUAGGGAGCCUGUCUCUAGGACCUGUGUGUCGGAGGUGGCCAUGGGCCUUCCUGAUACUCCUGUCAAGCCAGUCACAGCCCAGGUAGAAGGCAGCAGCUACAAGCUCAAACCUACACCUGAGGCCUGCCCUCCAAAGUCUAACCCCUCAGAAAAACUGGCAGCAUCCCAGAAACAGUGUGCUGGAGCCACCAAGGAGAAAGAGGCUGCCCCACAGGUCCUCAGUGGUGCUAGCAAAGAGGGAAAAAACACUAGCAGAACUGUGCCAGAGACCUUUCCCUUCAUCUCUGGCUCCCAGAGGAAGUUGAACAAUGAGAGUGUCCAGGGGGACAGAACCCCUGACUCACAAGGUGGGCCAGCACCUUCAUACCAAGUGGAGGGGGCCACCACCCUUGACAACAAGUUGAAAUCCCUAGGUAAUAGCAACCCCCCAGGGGUCCAUUCACAGAGGCAGGACCCCACAGACUUGAUUGAACUGGUAGAACAGAAGCUUUCCGCAGUCCCCGAAAAACAAACCCUGCCCCUGAAGCACCCCAAACCAUCCACUGUGAAAGACAGUCCCUCUCUGUGCAAACAGACUGACAAGAGCCCAAGUCCCUUGGCCGCCUACAAACAGACUGAUAAGGGCCCAGGUCCCUUGGCCAACGUGGCAGACAAGAAGCCAGAAGGGAAAAAAUGCACUGACGCACUUUAUGUUCUACCUGACUGUGGGAAGCUGGAGCACAGUCUUUCAUUAACGAGCUGUGAGGCCAAGGUUAAAGGUGGGGAAAAGCCAGCUGUAGCAGGGAAGAGCUCCUCGGAGCCCAAAGGGAAAGCCCUUCCUUCACAGAAGCAGUUGAUGGAAACCAGCAAACAGGGUGGGAUGAAACGUUCUCCGUCAGCCUCCGGGCAGAGUUCCUUCCACUCGGCUGCCCCCUCAGAGAAGACCAUGAGCUCCUCAUCCAGUUUCCCUGAGUCUAAGUCAGGAAUCCUUGAGACCUCUGCAGUGGCUGGUGACACCCUCUUUGCCAAGACAAACAGGAGCCAGGCAGAACCACUAGCCCCCAGCACCAGGGACUUUAGGAAGCCAGGGUCUGGGGCAGAUAACAGAACACAAAUGACCAAGAGUGACUCAUUACCAUCUUUCAGUAGCACAGCAGGUGUCCAGGAGUCCCACCACCCUGAUUCACCCCUCAGGGGAGAAGUCAGAACCCUGGACAGGGCCCUCUCAAUGACUACCACCCCAGGAGAAGGGAAAGGGAAGGAAUCCAUCCUGGCCCAAACUCUAGCUACCAGGAAACAGAGUGUAGGAAAAGACAUUCCCAGGUCUCGCAAACACGACCGCCUCGUAGCCCCUUCUUCUGAAAAGGACUUUGUGGUACGCCAGCGACGAGGGAAAGAGAGUUUGCGCAGCAGCCCCCACAAAAAGGCUUCCUAAGGGGGCAGGACCCAGGAGGCAAGACUGUGGAAAACUCAGAUUGGAUGUUGUAACUUUGUCCUGACGACCUUCAAAAAACCAGCACCAAAUGGGAUGGUUCGCCAGGCAGAGCUAUGUGCAGGAGUAGGGUGACAGAGAGAGAGGAGGACCUUUUUCCAUAUGCCUUCCCGAUUGUAACCGGUAAAACUGUUACCGUAUGUAUUGUACAAAAAUACCGUUACGUUGAGAGUUGUGAGGAAAAAAGAUGUUCUCUGUAAAUAUCUAGCAACGUGUUUGGUUUUUGAAUGUAGAAUAUACACUUUGCUGCUGACUGCGUUGUUUACUACAACUUUUUUUUAAACAAAUUGUUGCUUUGCCAUUUACCAUAAUGUAGGAAAGAAGCAAAAUUACUAAACCUGGGCCUAGGCCCUCUCACACAUACACACAAAACACAGACAACACUUCAAAGCUACAUUUUUACAAGUAAAAGAAUUCUAAAAGUUAAAGGCAAAAGAACAUCAUAAAUACAGCAGUUCGUGAAUUUUUAUGUGUAUUUUUAAUCAGAUUUUGAUAGUACUGUAUCUGGUUACCUAUAUUUCCAGAUCUAAUUUAAGAUGUAACUCGAUCACUGCAUUGAAAAUCUGCCUCAAUUAGGAUAGGCCUGGACUCACAGGGCCUACCAUUUUUAUUUCAUGAAUGUCCUAGUAAGGCCUUCUGAUCCCGGGUCCAACUGUCUGAAAGACCAGUUGUUCACUUUUGGUCCAUCAGUGUGUGUCUUGGACCUUCACCUCACAUGGCGCUGGGACUAUAAAUACUCAUCAGCUUAAUUUCUGCUGUAAUCCUUUCAUUUUUUUCUUUCAGCUCUUAAACUCAGGCCUUUAUGCUGUGAGUCUUAUGUAUAAGAAGCACAUAUGUUGUAGUCCCAUGUCUGCCCUGCUCUUGUAUAAGAAGAAAGAUGACUUAAACCCCCCAAGUACUUAUGUUUGGGUAAUCAGUUUCAUGAAUCGUAGAGCUUUUUUCAAGUUUGACAUUUUUUUGGCAAAAAAGGAAAAAAUGAUUUUAGCAUCAUGUCAUAAAUAGAGAUAACCAGGACAUCAGAUCCAUUUUAAUACAUAGCAGGGGCCUUAUGUUAUAGAUGAAGCUUGCUGUUUUAGCAAGGAAUCCUGGGUUUCACAUUCGUCUCUAAAUGCAUUGGGUAGCUCCAUACAUUUCAUAACGUGAUCUCUUUAUUUGUAUGCAAAAAAGUAAAUACUGUAUUAUUAAUAAAAAGCAGCAUUUUGUAACAAAGAGACCUGUUGGAGCUAUUUGGUGCUUGAAUGUGACUGUCCUUUUUACUUUUGCUAAGCCUUAUUUAAAUUUUGUAUACUGUGGAACAUGUAGAAUUUGUCAGAUAAUUUUAGUGCUGACGUACUUUGUUCUGUUUUGUUGGGUUUUUUUUCUUUUUGAGGAAUAAAGCACUUGAUGAAAUAAAUACCAAGGCACUAAGGGAAAAUUGACACAGAUAAGUAUUUUGAAGAUGCUUGGGAUCGAUACCACAAUAUUUUUGCUCUUUUUUCCCUGUUAAGGCAUAUGCCCAAUAAAAAGUAAUCAAGUCCCCCAUUCCCGAGGGGAAUUUUUUAGUUUUUCCAGGUGAUAAAAAUCAUUGUUGUAAGCACAGUAUAAUCUUGUGACCCUGCAAUGUGUUGGGCCAGGUUGUGAACAGGGCUCCUAAAACAAAAAGUAUGAACCAUUUAGUUUCUUGGGUUUUGCCUCAUUCUAAUGAAUUGCUAAAGAAAAGGAAAAGAACCACUUUCCCUCCCCCUAAUUUUUCACAGGGCAUGGCCAUCUCCUGUCUCUCCUUUGACACUUGUGAAGGAAACAAACAUUUUCCAUUUUUUACUGGUUUUGAAUACUGGUCUCAACAUUUGCAGUACCUAUCUGUGUUUGGUGAACGAACAUAGCCCCAAUACUAAUGCACUCAGACAUCACGAUGCUUUGAUCAAGGAGGUAUUUCAUAGUUUACAGCCCUUGCAUUUUAAACUGUCCCUGUUGUUUCCUUUAAAGCACAAAUAGCUGCUUGUUUACAAUGAUAUCCUUUUUAUGUAUAUUUUGUAUAGUGUGUUAUCAUUUCUGCCAAAUCUGGUUUUGCAUUUUGGAUCAGUAAUGAGUAUAAUAGGGUCGUGUUCAUGUAAUACCUGUUUGUUGGUGUGAAACUCUCUAAUCAGCUGGUAGAAAUCCUCCUGCUAACUGUGUUCUAUCUGGUCGGUCUUUGUGUGAUUGUAAGACGUGCUCCUCGGUAGUACUCCCAGUUAUAGAUUUACCAGCUUAAAAAAAAAAGUUUGUUAGGCUUUGUGCAAUAAAGUGUUUGCAGUCUGAUUUUCUGGAAGAAAUUCCCUAUGGAUGUCAUAAUUGUUGUAUAUUGAACAAAUAUUUAUACUUAUGCAGUUGCAUAACAUUGAAAUAAAAAUUUAGCAUGAAAAGAUAAA